AUGAGCGACAACCAGGACAACUCAGGGCCCGGCCCAUCCGCCGCCCCGUCACUGCCCCCAGAGGCCAUCGAGCUGGCAUCGCGCAUGUACCACGCGGCCAGGCAGGGCGACAAGGAGCUCCUUACACAGGCCAUCCCCGCCGGCUUGCCACCCAACCUGACCAACGACAAGGGAGACACAUUGCUCAUGCUGGCCGCAUACCACGGCCACGCCGACCUCGUCAGGUUCCUCGUGCAGCACGGCGCAGACCCCAACAGGCUGAACGACCGCCAACAGAGCCCGCUGGCGGGGGCCGUCUUCAAGAAGGAGGAUGACGUCAUUGAGGCUCUUCUCGAGGGCGGCGCUGAUCCAGAGUACGGCACUCCCUCUGCCCUCGAGUGUAUCUCAGUGUUCAAACAGGAGGACCGGUGGAGGGCGAAGUUCGAGUCUGCGCCGGGUCGGGGGAAAGCUACACCACAAAAGGGCCAAUGA